AUGAUGCUUGGCGAAGACGACCAUGGGCUGACGACCUUUACAGAGGGCAUGUACUUCAUGCCGCCGGUCGAAGGCAAGGAAUGCACCUACGAAGCUGGCAAAGCUCCGCGCACGAAGCACAAAAGCCAGCUCUCGAUCACAACCGAUGUCACUGAUGUCUUGUCAGAGGAGCCAAGAAAGAGUCCAAUGGUCAAAGUCUUGUCUCCAACGGGGUCCUCUCCCUCUGCGAGGACACCGCAGUCGCCGACGCCGCCGGAUCUACUGCAUACGCACAGCAGCCCAACAAUUCUGCGAUUAGAUGAGUCGACCACUGAUCAGACCACUACAGCUCCCACUCCAUUCACCGAAAACCUGGCCACAAUAGCGACGCCAUCAUCAACAGUGUUUGGCUCCAUGAUGGACAGCGACAUUAGAGCGGCGCUGUUGAAGGACCGUUCGCAAAUGUCACUAGCUCAGUCGCCAUAUGUGUCGCCACGAACGCGAACGUACACCCUUGAUCCGUACUCCUACAAGCUACCGUCGAUCUCGGACACACGCUCACCAGUUACACCUUCCUCGACAACCGCAGCGCUUGCAACGUGUCGGUACCCCGUCAUGCAGUACUUGGCGCCAUUCCUUGACCGUGACUUCGGCUAUCACUUAGCUUGCGAUCUGCUGGACACUUACUUCUCGAGUGCGUUCUCGAGCCGCCUGCAUCCAACAUGCCACCAUCUUCACAACUUCAUCGUCCGACGCUGUGAUGUACUCGAUCCUUUGCAUCCUCGAAAGAUUCACCCAGCACUUCUGGCGAGUAUGCUCUUUGUCGCCUCUCUUAGCGACAGGGCUCUUGGCCUGUUCAAUGGGCCAGAAGAGCGCGACCGGAUCUGCAAGUAUCUCAGUCUGCUCACGUAUCGGUUGCUGCACCCUGCGAGAUUGGAGUCGUUACUCAGCCAAGAAGAUCUUGGCCUUCCAGCAGCAUGUCUGAUCACCCUCCCUUGCUACACAGACGAAGAUAUCCACCGUGCUCUGGAUCCUGGAGGCUUAGAAGCACUACCAGUGACCUGGGGUACAGACUACAUCAUCACGUUUAUUCACGUCUCGUCGAUUAUUUCUGGUAGUGAGAAGAAGGCAGCAAGCAUCCGGUGGUGGAACGUAGCAUUCAAUCUUGCUCGAGACUUGAAGCUGAACAGUGAGGUUGACAACUUUUCAGCCCAGGAUGAAGUCGGCAGAAUGCAUGGCUUGCAGACAUGCGGCUGCUCCAUGCCUCAAGAGCUAAGUAAGGACACUAUGACAGAGGUGCAUCGAGAAGAACGACGACGGACGUGGUGGCUACUGUUUCUUAUGGACCGUCAUCUAGCGCUCUGCUACAACCGACCACUAGCCCUCCUCGAGGCCGAGUGUAAAGAUCUGCUGGUUCCACUCGACGAUGUUGUAUGGCAGUCCGGUGCACAACCUCACAGCCACGGCAUCCGCCCCAACGGCCCUCACUGCGUCCUUGCACCUUCUGGAACUGGUCGCAGCAAUGGUCCGCCCGUUACUUGCACCGGCUUCGGGCUCUUUCAGUACUUCCUUCCACUCAUGACCAUCACUGGUCACCUUCUCGAGUUCAACCGCGCAAAGUCUCAUCCAGUCCUUCUCUCAGCUAGCGCAGCAAUGUGGUCGUCACAAGAACGCCAAAUCCUUUCCGAACUGGAGCACUACCAAACGAGUCUUGAUGCCAUCGCCACGUUGACAGACGAUGCGACACAACGGCCCUCUCUCGGGGGCCGCUCGAACUCCUGGCUUCAACAACAUCCCACCGCAGGCUCGGUCCGUGAGUCUUCCGAGCGCGCACAUAUUGCGAAGAUCGUAUCCGCCUACGCCAGGCAUGUCAUGUCAGUUCUCCGGAUCCUUGUCGGUAGCAAAUGGGAUCCAGUGCAAUUGUUCGAAGACGCAGAUUUCUGGACUUCAUCAGGCGGCUUCAAGGAAAGCAUGAGCCACACCAUCACGGCAAGCGAAUGUGUCACGCAGAUACUGGAGCUCGAUCCGGAUCUGAGCUUCAUGCCAUACUUCUUUGGGAUCCAGUUGCUGCACGGCAGCUUACUCCUGCUUCUGGUAGCAUAUCGGUUGCAGGCGGAUAGUGGUUCGGUGAUACUGACAGCUUGUGAGGCCGUCGUGAGGGCGACUGAAAGCUGUUUCGUGACACUGCCAACAGACUACCAACGGCAAUUCCGAAACGUGAUGCGGAGCGCGAUUGCGCUUGCUAGAGGGCGAGGUGACCGCACGAGAGAGGGCGAGACCGAGAAGCAACUCGCUAGCGUGCUUGCCCGGUACAGAUGGUCGAGAAACGGUGGCGGGCUGGCAAGAUGA